UCAUGGCGGAAGUGACGUGUCUUAUGUUCGUAUGUGUAAAUAUGUCGGACUCUGUGGCGAAAAAGCGAAGCAGGUCGUCGGGCUUUUCCGCCAUCAGCCGCGAAACCAUCGAAAACUUGACCGAGUUGGAUGAUUUGGAGCGGGUAUACCAACAGCUGUGUGAUGAAGAAAAACAGGUGGAGUCCGAGCUUGAGUCGCUGGUCAGUCAACAGGGUAACAUUGAGACCAAGAUGCUUGCUCUGCAAAGGAUGGGGCCUAACUUGCAACUGAUAGAGGGUGAUGCCAGCCAGCUUUCUGGAAUGAUCACCUUCACCUGCAGCCUGGCCGAGAACGUGAGCAGUAAAGUGCGGCAACUGGAUCUUGCAAAGAACCGUCUGUAUCAGGCCAUCCAGCGUGCUGAUGACAUCCUGGACUUGAAGUUCUGCACGGACGGCGUGCAGACGGCGCUGCGCAAUGAGGACUACGAGCAGGCAGCCGCACAUGUGCACCGAUACCUUUCACUGGACCAGUCGGUCAUUGAACUAAGUCGCCAAGGGGGAGAGAGCAGUGCUGUGGACGCUAGUCUUGCUCUUCUCCAGGAAGCAGAGCAGCGCCUGAAGACCCUGGUCAAGGAACGUUUAGAUCAGGCAAUCACUGCUGGGGACCUGGCCCAGGUUGAGAGGUUCUUUAAGAUCUUCCCUCUGUUGGGCCUCCAUGAUGAGGGACUGGCCCGCUUUGCUCAGUACCUCUGCACACAGCUGGCCAGUAAAGCAGAGGAGAACCUGCUCCUUGCCUUAGGCGGAGAUCUGGGUGAACGGAGAGCGGGGCUAGUCUUUGCUGACACUCUCACUCUGCUGCUGGAAGGCAUCGCACGGAUCAUAGAAACCCACCAGCCCAUCGUGGAAACCUAUUACGGACCGGGCCGCCUGUACACGCUGAUCCGACACCUGCAGGUGGAGUGCGACCGGCAGGCUGAGAAGAUCGUGGACAAGUUCAUCCAGCAGCGGGACUAUCACAGCAAGUUCCAGAUUGUCCAGAACAGCAUGAUCAGAAGCAUGUCUACUGAGAAGAUCGAGCCCAGGGAGCUGGACCCCGUCUUGCUGGAGGUCGCGGUGAUGAACUCCCGGGCUGAGCUGUACCUGCGUUUUCUACUGCGGCGAAUCUCAGCCGACUUCGAGGUCGGGGACGCCACUGCGCCCAAGAGUACCGUGCAAGAGCACCAGCAGGGCCUGGAGAAGCUGCUAAAACACUGCCUGCUGAGCCGGAACAUGCAGGAGCUGAUUGGAUACUACAUACCCAUGGAGGAGUACUACAUGAGGGAGACUGUCAACAAGGCCGUUGCCAUGGACACGUACGAGAAGGGUCAGCUGACGUCCAGCAUGGUGGAUGACAGCUUCUACAUCGUGAAGAAGUGCAUCAGCAGAGCGCUGUCCAGCUCCAGCAUCGACUGCCUGUGUGCUAUGAUCAACCACGCCACCUCUGUGCUGGAGACGGACUUCAGGGAGGUUCUGUACAACAAGCUGCGACAGGGCUUCCCUGCCACUACUCUGCAGGACAUCCAGCGCGGCGUCAGCAGUGCAGUCAGCCUGAUGCACAGCAGCCUGCAGCAGGGCAAGUUCAACACGCUGGGCAUCGAGAGCGCUGAAGACGCCAAGGCCUCCUUCCUGGUGACUCUGAAUAACGUAGAGGUGUGCAGCGAGAAUAUCAUCACCCUGAAGAAGAACCUGGAGAACGACUGCGCCAAGCUGUUCAGCCAGGGGUUCGGCUCGGGGGAGCAGGCGCAGGCCAAGAUCGACAGCUGCCUGUCGGACCUCGUCAGCACAUCCAGCAAGUUCAAAGACCUGCUACAGGAGGGUCUCACAGAGUUGAACAGCACGGCCAUUAAACCCCAGGUCAAACCUUGGAUCAGCAACUUCCUGUCCGUCUCUCACAACAUCGAGGAGGAGGAGUUUAAUGAGUAUGAGGCUAACGACCCCUGGGUUCAGCAGUUCAUCGUCAACCUGGAGCAGUUGAUGGCUGAGUUCAAGGCCGGCCUCUCUCCAGUUAUCUACGACACACUCACCGGCCUGAUGACCAGCCUGAUCUCCCUGGAGCUGGAGAAGACUGUAUUCAAGUGCACCUUCAGCAGGCUGGGCGGGCUUCAGUUCGAUAAGGAGCUACGUUCUCUCGUGGCGUACCUGACCACCGUCACCACGUGGACCAUCCGAGACAAGUUUGCCCGCCUCACCCAGAUGGCCACCAUCCUCAACCUGGAACGGGUGACCGAGAUCCUGGACUACUGGGGCCCAAACUCGGGCCCUCUGACUUGGCGUCUGACCCCGGCGGAGGUCAGACAGGUGCUGGCGUUGCGCAUCGACUUUCGCAGCGAAGACAUAAAGCGCCUGCGGCUGUAGGGGCGACUGGCUCCCGCCCCACACCUGGACGCCGCGACUUGCUGUCUCCUGCUGUAGUGGACGCUGACACGCUUGGUGCGAAUUUGGCCGUACCGUUGUCCAUCACACGCAAACUCAUGGCCUGUUCCUCCGGAGAACGUCCACGAUCAUCCCAGGAGGAAUCGUCAGGGUGUGGUUGACGGUGCCUUGGUGGGGAGACGACAGAAAGGAGCAGUUUGCAUCCUGUGCCUGGCGGACUGAUGCUGCCCUCAGGCCUUUGAGCAAGACCCUAAACCCCCCAGUUUCGACAGGGGCGUCAGACACUGGCUGUCACCUGUAUACAUCUGCAUGUCUCAUAGGGUACAAGAUGGAACAGGUAAAGAGACUAUUUCCCCAUGUGGAUUAUUAUUAAUAAUAAUAAUAAUGAUGGUGACGAUAAUAAUAAAGUAUCACUAUUGUAUUCUAA